AUGCGCACCUUCAUUAUCGGGUUAGACCUUUUUUUUCCUUUGCGGUUCUCGAUGAUGCAGACUAGGGUUUGGCAAACGCGGAUCUUGGUGUCGAUGAUGAUUUAUGGGAGUCUAAUGUGCGCCACCGCCGCCGACUCUAAUAUGGUUUCGAUUUGUCCGAUAGAGUCUGUAGCAGAUUCGAUCUUGGGGCUUCGAGAUCAAAACUGCGUCGUUUCUGGUGCUGAUGAAACUCCAUGUUUCGCUGGUGUCACCGAGGGAGACGAGAGUUCGUUACAAAAGGCUCUGAAUUUAGUUCAGAAGAGUAGUCAUAAAUAUGUAGCUGUGCUCUUCUACGCAUCAUGGUGCCCUUUCUCUAGGACUUUUAGACCAAGCUUCUCCAUCGUUUCUUCGCUGUACCCCUUGAUUCCCCAUUUUGCAAUUGAAGAAUCAUCCAUCAGGCCAAGCAUACUAUCCAAGUAUGGAGUUCAUGGAUUUCCUACUCUUUUCCUAAUGAAUUCUACAAUGCGGGUGCGCUAUCAUGGUUCCAGGAGUGUUGGUUCUCUCGUUGCUUUCUACAGUGAUGUUACUGGUAUCAAGACUGCAUCCCUGGAUAAAGGAUCGCUGGACAAAUUUGGGCGCGCGUCACACCAUGAAAAACAUGAUACCCCCGAGCAAGAAAGCUGCCCAUUCUCGUGGGCAAGAUCUCCGGAGAAUUUGUUUAGGGAGGAGACGUAUUUGGCUCUGGCAACAACUUUUGUGCUUCUGAGGCUGUUUUACCUAACUUUCCCUACCAUGCUUGCAUUUGCACAAUUUACUUGGAGGAGGCAUGUGGAGAACAUGAGACUGGCAAGCUUGUUAGAGCAUCCUCGGGCUUAUCUGAAUCGAGCAAUACAGCUAUUUAAUUCUCUUAAGGAACCUUGCAGGAAGAGUAAUUUGCAGGAAGGGGCAAUGAAUGCCAGGGCUUGGGCUUCCAAGUCCCUAGCUACUGUUUCAAUAGGGGAUGCAAGCACCAGUAGGGGUGCACCUGUGUGUGAAUGUCGCUGA